UACACACGGACAAACAACCAUACUCCUCAGCCAAGCAACCUCGGCAGCAAUGGGGCUACUCAUUGAGCCUCUCUUGCUCGCCAUCAUCUUCCUUGCAUGCUCUGCUGGUUCGGCCACUUCCAUGGCACCGGUUUCAUUGUCCACUUUUGAAACCUCCACCAGCAACACCACUGACCACCUUGCCCUUAUGUCAUUCAAGUCGUUCAUAAGGAGUGACCCGUCACAGGCCCUGGCGUCUUGGGGCACAGGCAACCUAUCUGUUCCGUUGUGCCGAUGGCGCGGCGUAACGUGCGGCGUUGUGGCGUUGGACCUCCCCGAGCUUGGCCUUCACGGCACCGUCGCUACCGAACUUGGUAACCUCACCUACUUGAGGCGUCUCCAUCUCCCCGGAAGCAACCUGCACGGCGUCCUACCGCCGGAGCUCGGCCGCCUUCCAGACCUCAGCCACCUGAACCUCUCCGACAACUCCUUCCAAGGGAGGAUUCCGGCGUCACUUUCGAACUGCACCCGUCUUGAGCGCCUUAUGCUCUUCAACAACAGCUUUCAAGGUGAUAUACCGCAGGAGCUCUGCUUGCUGCGUAAUCUCAAGGUACUCAAUCUUGGUACAAACACUCUUACAGGAAGUAUCCUGUCGGGAAUUGGGGGUCUCACGAACCUAAUAUUUCUCAACUUGGAAAUCAACAACCUUACUGGACAAAUCCCGCAGGAGAUAGGAGGUCUUGUUAAACUCGUUAAAGUUGGUCUAGGUAUGAAUCUGCUGACCGGCUCUAUCCCUGCCUCAUUUGGAAACCUUUCAUCCCUAUAUUUCCUUAGUUUAUAUUCAGCUCAGCUAACAGGAAGCAUACCACCCCUGCAAAAUCUUUCAUCUCUCGAGGUCCUCGAGUUAAGCAAAAACUACCUCAAGGGAAGCAUCCCGGCUUGGUUGGGAAAUCUCUCAUCUCUUGGAUUAAUUAAUUUUGAUGGAAACCACCUCACAGGACACAUCCCAUAUUCAUUAGGUAACCUUCCGUUGCUCCAUGUCCUUAGCGUUUCAAAUAACAACUUUUCAGGUCCCAUACCACAAUCACUUGGAAACCUUGGUGCCUUAAUAGGCCUUCAUCUAGAUCACAAUGAACUGGAAGGCCCUUUUCCUCUUUCACUACUCAACAUUUCCACUCUUGCGGUUCUAGACUUGCAAUAUAAUAAUCUUAGUGGAUCUAUCCCACAUAGCAUCGGCAAUAAGCUUCCAAAUAUACAACAACUUCUAACAAGUGUCAAUCAAUUUCAUGGAAUAAUUCCACCAUCCCUGUGCAAUGCCUCUAUGCUUCAAUGGAUCCAAGGAGUAAAUAACUUCUUUUCAGGAACUAUUCCAGAGUGUCUAGGAAUUCACCAAAAGGACUUGACAGUUGUGACUUUUGCAGAGAAUCAGCUUGAAACAAGUAAUGAUUAUGAUUGGGGCUUCAUAUCUAGCCUGACAAAUUGCAGUAGUUUGUUGUUAUUAGAUGUGGGAGACAACAAGCUAAGAGGUGAGCUACCAAAUACUGUUGGAAAUCUUUCCACACAGCUGCAGUAUUUCGUCACCAAUAUGAACUACAUAACUGGAAAAAUACCUGAAGGAAUAGGGAAUCUAGUUAACUUGGAAUUCAUUGAGAUGAACAACAACCUUUUUGAGGGCACAAUUCCGGCCUCAUUUGGUAAACUCAAGAAGCUGAAUCAGUUAUACCUCACAAACAACAAUCUUUCAGGAACCAUUCCCUUAAGUUUCGGCAAUCUUCAAAUGCUAACUGUACUUAGUCUUGGAGGCAAUGCACUCAGUGGACCAAUACCUCCCAAUCUAAGCAAUUGUCCUUUGGAAAAGUUGGAUCUCGAUUCUAACCAUCUCACUGGUUCAGUACCUAAAGAAAUAUUUUCCAUCUCUACGUUGUCUGAUUAUCUGCAUUUAGGACACAACUUUUUAACUGGCAGUAUAUCACCUGAAGUGGGAAAUCUAAAAAACCUUGCGUUCCUUGACAUAUCUAAUAAUAAGAUUUUUGGAGAGAUCCCAUCCUCCAUUGGUGACUGCCAGAGCCUGGAGUAUCUCAAUACAUCUGGAAACUACCUAGGAGGAAAAAUUCCACAGUCACUAGACCGGCUGACAGGUCUCCUGAUGCUUAAUCUUUCUCACAAUAACUUGUCUGGCAGCAUCCCUAAGUUUUUAGGGACCAUGAAAGGGCUUGCUACUUUGGAUCUCUCAUUCAACAACUUGGAUGGUGAAGUUCCAACCAGCGGCGUAUUUGCCAAUGCAACUUCUGCCUCAGUUGUGGGAAAUGCUGGGUUGUGUAACGGAAUCCCUCAACUGAAGUUGCCACCUUGCUCCAGCAGCACCACCAAGAUCCAAUCUCAGAAAGUUGUCAUCAUAAUCUCGAUAUGCGGUGCAGUUGUAUUUAUGGCAUUAGUAUUUGCAGUAUCUGCAUUUUACCAUAGGAGAAGAAAAAUGAAAUCAAACAUGCAAACAAUACUCAUCAAUGAACAAUAUAUGAGGGUUUCUUAUGCAGAACUAGUCGGCGCAACAAAUGGUUUUGCUUCCGAGAACCUCAUCGGAGCAGGAAGCUUCGGCUCAGUGUACAUGGGAACAAUGAGGAUCAAUGACCAGCAAGUAGUUGCCGCUGUGAAGGUGCUCAACCUCGCACAGCGUGGUGCAUCUCAAAGUUUUGUUGCGGAAUGUGAGACCUUGAGAUGUGUUCGACACAGGAAUCUUGUGAAGAUAUUAACAGUGUGCUCAAGUAUUGAUUAUCAAGGUCAUGACUUCAAGGCCCUUAUCUACGAGUUUCUGCCAAAUGGAAACUUGGACAAAUGGCUGCACCAACAACCAACGGAAGAUGGUGAAGAUAUGGGACUAGAUCUCCGGAUGAGACUGCAAAUUGCAAUUGAUGUAGCAUAUUCACUCGAGUAUCUUCACCAACAUAAGCCAGUGCCAAUUAUUCACUGUGAUCUUAAGCCUAGCAAUGUUCUCCUCGAUGGUGAAAUGGUUGCUCAUGUUGGCGAUUUUGGGCUCGCAAGGUUUCUGCAUCAAGAUUCAGACAUAUCAACUGGCUGGGCAUCAAUGAGAGGCACACUUGGCUAUGCUGCUCCAGAGUAUGGGCUGGGCAAUGAAGUCUCAAUCCAGGGUGAUGUGUACAGCUAUGGCAUACUAUUGCUGGAGAUGUUCACUGGGAAAAGGCCAACAGAAAGCAAAUUUGGAGAAGCCAUUGGCCUUCGCAAGUAUGUCCAAAUGGCAUUGGAAGGCAGAGCAGCUAAUGUCAUAGAUAGUUACUUACUACCAGAGAUAGAAGAUUGUGAAGGAAGCACUUCAGAGUCCGACUGGACAAGUAGAGACAUGAGCAUUGCUUGCAUCUCUUCGAUUAUGCACAUUGGAGUAUCCUGUUCAGCAGAGAUGCCAAUGGAUCGCUUGCAGAUUGGAAAUGCUCUGAAAGAGCUGCAGAAAAUAAGAGAAAAAUUUCACAAGGAGUUGCUCGGCGAAGGAGAGCCCAGCAAUUGAACAUCAUGCAUGAAUCCAUUGAACCAGUUGCCUGAUGCCAUGUGGUCAUGGUGUCAUGCACUAGUGUGAUAUAUAUAUUUUGCUAUGCUAAGUUUGUGGCUGAAAUAUAUGCCUGAACUAUGAGAGUGAGUGCACAUGUCAUGUGGAGGAAGAAUUAAACUCCAGCGCAGGAGGAGGUCUACGCCACAUCCACAAGGCACAACACAAGUAUAUAUCUAUAGCUGCGACAGGAUCUAAGACCUAGAUAAGAAUUGCGUGGUGUCUUUUAAUUAUUGAUGUUAGGCUUUGGAAAGUGGAAAGGUUCGUCCCGAAGAAGGUUUUCCUGCUACUUCCAAAUAUUCAGGGUUUUUUGGUAGACAAUAAGUUGUAAUUGAACUAUAUGAGUCUACCUCUCCUUUAUCCAUAAAGAAAGCAGCAAUUUAUCAAUCUAUUAUCUAUUCCUUUCUGGUGACCUUCGGCGCCCCCCUUCUCUUCCCUCUCUCUAGUUUAAGCUUUGCGCAAUCUAUAGCUGCGCCUUCUGAUCACCCACAAAUAUGAUCUCUCUGCUCGAAUCCAUAGCCUCCAACCAUAGAGCCCAUGACAAUUUGGUACCAGAUUCAUCGACCGCAUUGCGCACCACUAUCUCGACACCACUGCGCCAAGAUUAACAUGACGCCUCCUUGCGCCCGCGGCUCCAAGGCAACAAUCUCAACACCGGCCACCCCGAAUCAAGCAUCACAACCCAAUAAAUGAUUGACUGAAUCUCAUACCACACAUGCACCCAGUUGCUUCAGAUUUACUUAACAAACUCAAAUUCAACCCUGUUGCGACACCCCAAAGUUAUAUAAGAUUAACCAACUCACCGUCUCACCAUACUUAUCAUAUGAAACAAGAUUACACUUACUGACUAGAACCAUAUUUCCCAUGCUCAUCAGCGUUCUCCUAUCUAGCAGCCGUUGCUGACAGAUGGCCGAUGCAUUUGGAGAAGUCUGUGGAUUGAGAUUUGUUCAAUGGCAAGUUGUCAAAAAGGACAAAGUCUAAAUUAUGUAUGGGAAACGAGAGUGAAGGGACAUAAAUAGUGAUUUGGACGAUCUUGGAAUACUAGCACAUCACUUUCGACCGGCACAAGGCAGCCACGCAAGACCACAAACGUAAAUAUGCAAUAUGGAGCGGAGCAGGCUACUUCUACUUGUCAACCAAACCAAGACCAAAGACCAAGAGGGACAUCAGAACUAAUGGGGAUCAUGACUUUGGUAUGGCCAUUUCUAUGCACACGAAGAGGGACAUCAGGUAUCUUCAGUCCGCUGAGGCAGAUAUUCAACAGCCCUGCAUGUUGGCUAUUUGUUCAGGCCAAAAGAGGAUUAAAAGUCGACAUUAGACAGCUGUUGAAAGUAACCAAACGAUGAAGACCGUGUUGAACUUCUUGCACUGGCGUUUCAA